ACGCGGACGUCGCUACUAGCCAACGAAACAUCCGGUUCCUCUUCUCAGAACUCUCCAGAAAGUUCUGACGGACGGUGUGGCUAUAAGACUCGUCCGCCUCCCCUUGACAGCCAGUCUCAGUCCCUCGCGCGCUUUUUAAGGUUCAUCGACAUGGUUCACGAAACCGGCUUUUACGACCUCCUGGGAGUGAGCCCAAAAGCCUCGCCGGACGAAAUAAAAAAAGCUUACAGAAAACUCGCAUUAAAAUAUCACCCCGACAAGAACCCAAAUGAGGGAGAGAAGUUCAAACACAUCUCCCAAGCAUAUGAGGUGCUGUCAGAUCCAAAGAAGAGGGACCUGUAUGACCAAGGGGGGGAACAAGCCAUUAAAGAGGGAGGCAUGGGUGGAGGAGGAUCUCCAAUGGACAUCUUCAACAUGUUCUUUGGAGGUGGUGGAAGGAUGCAGAGAGAGAGAAGAGGGAAGAAUGUUGUCCAUCAGCUCGGUGUAACUCUGGAGGAGAUGUACAAUGGCUCAACAAGGAAGCUUGGACUUCAGAAGAACAUCAUUUGUGAGAAGUGCGAAGGUUAUGGUGGGAAGAAGGGUGCUUUGGAAAAAUGUGCAACCUGCAAAGGAAGAGGUAUGCAAAUUAAAGUGCAACAGAUUGGACCAGGCAUGAUUCAGCAGAUCCAAAGCAUGUGUUCAGACUGCCAGGGGCAGGGCGAGAAGUUUAACUCAAAGGACCGCUGCAAGAACUGCAAUGGCCACAAAGUUGAACGCAAGAAGAAAAUUCUUGAAGUUCACAUUGAUAAAGGUAUGAAAGAUGGUCAGAAAAUCACAUUUCAAGGGGAGGGAGACCAAGAACCUGGACUAGAGCCUGGUGAUGUCAUCAUUGUUCUGGAUCAGAAGGACCACCCAGUUUUUCAGAGACAGGAAGAUAAUUUAAUAAUGAAGAUGGACAUCAAACUUGUGGAGGCCUUAUGUGGUUUUAAGAAGACCGUCCAAACAUUAGACAACAGGAUGCUCAUCGUCACCUCACAGCCAGGCGAGGUCAUUAAGCACAAUGACAUCAAGUGUGUGCAGAAUGAGGGUAUGCCUAUCCACAGGGAUCCUUAUGAAAGGGGACAGCUGAUCAUUCAGUUCCAGGUGGAGUUCCCAGGAAAACACUGGCUCCCAGAGCAUCUCAUGUUCCAGCUGGAAAGACUCCUCCCCCCCAGAGAUGAUGUGAUGAUGACUGAUGACAUGGAGGAGGUGGACCUCUGUGAGGUAGACCUGCAGUCACAACAGAAAAGCUACGGCAGAGAAGCCUAUGAGGAGGAUGAAGAGGGACCCAGAGGCGGAGGAGUGCAAUGUCAGACACAAUGAUUGUAGUCUGCAGUCAUAUUUCUGUGUAAAGCAUGUGGAGUUUUGUUCAUGUUUGUAUAGUUUAGUUGAAGAGGAAGUUCAACUCAUGCCUGUGAAGUCCUUGUGAUAUAAAUGCCCCUGAACGGUGGCAUUCAGCUUACAACAGUUGCCAAUUCCACUAAUUUGUUUCCUACUUUUGCGGCACAAAAAACAUCCAUAAUGAGAUGUAUGUUUUCAAAACUAUAUUUCUGUGUUCCUGCCUUUGAUUUUCUUAAGAACAAUUAAUUUCUUUGUAAGUCUGUUUCAAAUGAAUGGCACAAAAGUUCUUCUCCACUCUGAAGCUGAAAGGACGACUAUAUGCUUUCUAUGAAGGUAACGUAAUGUCAAACAAUUUGUCCUUUUGUAAAAUAAAGUCUCUUAAGA